AUGAAUUCCACGGAAUUUUCCACCCGAAUUGUUGGAGCCGAGAUGAUUUUUGUAUCAUUCGUCGGGUUUCUGAUAAAUUUCUUCAUGCUUUUCCAUUUUUUAACACUGGAAAAGACUAGUUUCCAUCUGCUUUGCGUUUCGAAAACAUUAUCGAAUUCGUUAAUUUUGCUGGUUUAUUUAGUUUAUACCGGACCAGUUCAUUUAUUGUAUACUCAAAUUGGAUCUAUUGAGCUGAAUAUUCUUCUUCACCAUUUCGCAAUGUACGGGCUUAUGCUUCAAGGUCCAAUAACCCAACUAAUAAUAACUAUCAAUCGCGUUUUGGUGCUAUGGUUUUUACCUUUACAAAUUCCAAAAUCUAGUCGAUAUCUGACAACUGUUAUAAUAAUUUUAACCUGGAUAUUUGUCGGCUGGCAAUCCACGUUAUUCGGGCUCCCCGAGGACUGCAAAUCACCAUUCGCAUUUUUUGAGCACACGUUUUACACCACCGCUUCCUGUAGUACAACUAUGUUUUGGAUAAAAAAUUAUGUGGUCUUCAGUUUAGCGGCAGUGACAAAUUUUUUGAAUCUAAUGAUGGCUGUCAAGUUGGUAGUGGUAUCGAGAACUCAAAAAUCUAUUUCCUCCGUCGCUUACCAAAGAAGACGCAAGAGAUCUAUCAAGUUUUUCUUUCAAUCGUGUAUUCAAGAUUGGAUUUCAGCAGUUGACGCUGCAAAUAAUGCGGCUUCCACUAAAUAUUGCGAAAAUCAGUCUUGUAUAAUGCUCAUCUCGAUGAGUGUAGAUGUAGUAGUUUUUGGAGUUGAUGGAUUUGUCUUAUAUUGGUUCAACUACAAACAUUUGAAAAUACAACCAGCGGGCGUAAAUUUAAAUGUUGUAUCAGCAAAACGUCUCAAUUAA